AUGCCAUCUUUUAAAGAUGAACAUAUCUUGAUUAUUGCGCCAGGGUCCCAAACUACUCUGGCGCAAUUAGGGCUCCCGGAGUCGUUCACUCCAGCCAAGUUCCGAUUCCCUACACGCAUGUUUCCGGCCGAAUCCAAAGGAGAAUGGGAGCCGCUCAAGAUCCGGCAAAGGGUCGUCACCGUCAAACGAACUGUUGUCCCCGAUUCGACGAAAAGUACCGCCCCGCCGGGGGAAACUGCAGAGCUCAAGGGUGAUGAAAAUGGGCCGACCACUGGAGCAGGAGGAAAUAAGGAACCCACACCAAUGGAAGUUGAGGAAGAGCAAGUCGUUUAUGAGGAGGACCCAACAACAGACGAAGGAGCUGUUUACCCAAUUCGCGGCGGUGCCAUCGUUAACUGGACAUGCCUCUUCGCUCUUUUGACACAUAUCUACAACACACUGAGCCCUCCAUUCCAUACUCCUAUUAUGCUCAUAGCCCAACCAGUUUGGACCGCGCGUGACCGUGAGACAUUGACGCAAUUCAUAUUCGAAAAAUUUAAAACCCCGGCAUUUUGCCUGAUGGACUCCGCUCUAGCUGUUUGCUAUGCAUAUGGGACUGCCAAUGCCACUAUUAUUGAUAUUGGCCAUGACAAGGCUGAUGUCACAGCUGUAACGGAUUUCGUUAUUAGUGAGCACGGCAGGGGUAUUGCGUUACCCGGUUGUGGCGGCGAAGCCAUGACUGGACGGCUCACUGAGCUAUUACAACCAAAAGGACUGACCAAAGAAAUGUGCGAGCAGUUGAAAAAAAGUAAUAUUUGCGAGAUUUUGCCCUCUGGGAUCCCACUUCCUAAAAAUGACCAAUCACAAGAACAUAGCAAACCUCCUGCACCUAUGGCUUCCGGUAAGGGCCCGGAUGUUUCUCGCAUCGGAGGCAAUGGUGAAACCGAGGAAGAUGACGGCAUAAUUGACGUGGCUGCUAUUGUAAGUGGUAAUACAAGCGAGUUUCUUGCCCGAAGAGAAAAGGAAAAGGCAGAAAAAGCUGCCGCACGAAAAGGACAUACAGGGGACUCUGCCACUACUACAAAGGCUGCUAGGCUUCCCAAUUCAAAGAAAGAGAAGGCAGCCUUCCAGUUUCAAGAAUACAAGCCUAUCGAUUCCAAAGAUGAGAAUGGUAAUAUCUUUUCGCAUUAUUCCCUCCAUAAACGGGAUGUUGAGGUGGGAACGGAGCGCUUCCUAGCCGCGUCUCCUGGAGAUGCACACGCUAGUGAGCACGGUUCUUACGGCAUUCUCGAUACUCUCGCUGCCCAGAUACACCAUACAAUCCAUGCUGUACCUGACUCUUCCAAAAGAAGUGAAUUAUGGGACUCCAUGGUAAUUCUAGGCAAUGGAAGUAAAAUUAGAGGAUUUCCCCAGGCGCUGGUAUCCACCAUUACCCAAAAAUAUGUCCUAUCGCCCUCUAGUACUAUUUUUACCUCCGAAAUACCUUCUGCUCUGUCCACUCCCUUGCCAACAGGAGGAUCAAAUACGCCUUUGCAUCAUCCAAAUCCUGGUAUGAUGCUCAACCCUUCAGCCCAUGGAGUCAACCCUCUCCUUGUAGCCGCUACCCAUGCAAACAACCCAGCAGCAGGCCAUCUAAACCCAAAUAUGCACAACCACACAGACCCAAAUCUUGCUAUGCAUCAUAGAUCCGCAGGCCACUCUCAGACCCCAACAUCGGUCAGGCUCCUUAAACCCCCAGAGUAUUUUCCUGAAUGGAAGGAUCAGGGUGGUGUGGGUGGUUCAGCUGCCGGUGCAGCGACUAACAAUUCCCCGACGAGCGGAGGAACUCCUACCGGUAUUGCGACGAGUUUGAACAAUGUUGGCAUGGAGGAAGCAACGUUUUUGGGGGCACAAGUUGCAGCCAAAGUGAUAUUCGUAGUUGACCAAGGUUUGAGCAAAGGAUUCUUGGGCCGCGUUGAGUACAACGAGACUGGCCCCACAGCAAUCCAUGAAUAUUCGUUAUAA